UUCUCAUCAUCGACCUCCCUCGCCUUCUUCUCUCUCUUCGUUUCCCCAAAUCUCCUUCCCUUUUGAAUUUUGAUGCCAAUUUUGCUCUAGGGUCUUACCAGAAAUUUAUCGAAUUUCAAUUUCUUCUUUUCAAAAAUUCAUAAAUUCCCUCCAUAUUCCGAACCUUCUUCCCUCUCGCAAACCCUAACCCUACCCAAUUUCCCUUCCUUCCUGGAGGGUUUGCGAUGUUUCUCAAAAUCUGAAUUCCAACUCUGUAAUUUGGCUUCUGAUUCGUGUUCCGGAGUCUUCAAUUCGCUGCAAGACUCCGAGAAAUGCGUCUCUUUCACUUCAAUUUUUGAAUAUCUUUGAGCUUUGCGUUCUGGGUUUUUUUCUAGGGUUUCUGAGUGUCCGGCUCGAUUUUUAUUUCCCCCUUUAUAUGUUUCUGUUUGACUGCCGAGAAAACGAGGGAAAAGGAGGGGAAAUUCGUGGGUUCUUGCCGGAAUGCGCUCACGGGUCGAUUAAUAUGAGAGUUGAAGAAAAAGCUGAGUGAUAUGAGGGUUUGAAUAUGAGCCAUGGAGAUGCGGACAGUAGCAGCAGAGUGAAUCAACCCGGUAGUGAUGUGCCGAGGAGAGCAGCAGGAGGAGGAGCCGAUGAGUUUGGCCGGGCAGUGUCGAAAGUUGCGGUGGCGCAGAUAUGCGAGAGCGUUGGGUUUCAGAGCUUCAAAGAGUCUGCGAUGGACGCCAUGGCCGACAUUGCCAUCCGAUACCUCCGUGACUUAGGGAAGAUGUCGAGUUUUUACGCCAAUUUGGCGGGCAGAACCGAGUCCAAUGUGUUUGAUAUUAUUAGGGCGCUGGAGGAUUUGGAGUCAUCGCAAGGGUUUUUGGGUGCGGCGGAGGUGGGUCAUUGUCUUGCAGAGUCCGGGAUUGUAAGAGGCAUUGUGGAGUAUGUAGGUUCGGCUGAGGAGAUCCCGUUUGCACAGCCGUUGCCUCGGUUUCCAGUGAUCAAGCAACGAAAAUUGAUCCCGAAUUUUGAGCAGAUUGGGGAGGCACCGCCGAGUAAGCAUUUGCCCAAUUGGUUGCCGGCUUUCCCUGAUCCACACACUUACAUUCAAACACCAAUGUGGAAUGAGAGGAAGACUGAUCCUCGAGAAGAUAAGAUGGAGCAGGCUCGGCAGAGGAGGAAGGCCGAGAGGUCUCUGUUGAGUCUGCAGCAGAGGUUAUUGUGCAAUGGAGAGGCUUCUAGUUCAGGAGGAGCCUCUGCAGCAGUGGCAUUGGCUGGUGGCAACGGCGUUAAUGAUGGAAGGGGAUUGUUAUUAUUACAGGGGAAUGAGACUGAUCAAAGUAAUCCAUUCCUUGAACCGCCAAUCCAGCCGGGGGAGAAAGAAGUAUCAGUAUCCCAAGUGGUUUUGCCAUCCCAGUUUUCGGAUGAAAUGGCAAAAGGGAACAACAAUGAUGGUUCUUCCCUUUUGGAUGCGUUUGCGCCCGCCAUUGAAGCAGUGAAAAGCGGAGCAUGGAUGGAUGGAGAGGACGAAAGGAGGCAGCUUCUUCCUGAAAGCAGACCCGCAGUGAAUUUCAAGUUGAGAAGCGGGAAGAAGUUUUUGGGGCAAUCGUUGGAUCUGAGCCUGCAAAAGAAGGGUUCCGGAAGACCGGCAUAUUGGUUCGGGCGAGAGGAGGAGAGGGACGACAAGAAGAGGAGAGCAGAGUUUAUUCUGAGACAGUCGAUGGAAAACCCACAGGAACUCACUCAGUUGUAGAUUAAUUUGACUGACUGGUUUUCUAGGGAUUUUAGAAGUGGGGCUUUUGUGUACUUGGUUGGUUGUUCUACGAGUAGAGUCUAGCUGUUAGUAGUCCCACUCUCACAUAUUUUUUUGUUAGAGGUAAUGUAAAUGUAUUUUUUUGUUUCCUUUCAAUUUCCAUGCUUUCUUGUGAACCAAUUUUUCUGGGGUUUUUUCACCAUCAUUUGGUAUUUGUAUUGACACAUUGAAUUCUAAUAUUGAGUUGAUCAUAUAGCAGCAAA